CCGGAAGUAUUAGUUGAUACUAGUAAAUGGAAUGGCUGUCCGUUUGUAUCGCUUGUUUAGUACCACUCCAGAACUGAAAAGCAUCGAGGAGCGAGACGCACCGAUGUGUCACUUUGACAUGAAAUCGCGUCAAUUACAGUGGUACACAUAGAAGAUAAUGCCCCACCAUUAUAUAGUCGGUCUUCUGGACAAGCAAGAAAUGAUUUCAAUGUAACACCGUCCACUGCAACUCACAAAUGGACGCUCGAGCCCCUACACAACCCAGCGUCAAUUCGUCCUAUGUCCCCGUUGCCUUUGACAAUUCUUCUUCAUCAGAGGAUGAGGACAGUGGUGAUCAAACUCCUUCAGCAGCAUCCUUGGCCAUACGCUACACUCCCGAUGACCGCUACUGUUUGGUCUACAUCAUCUUCUUCCUCAUGGGCAUCGGCUCUCUGCUGCCUUGGAAUUUCUUCAUCACGGCCAAAAGCUACUGGCUUUAUAAAAUGGGCAACGGCACAGUGGAGCAACGGUCUGACCUCAGCGACUACUUUGAAAGUUACCUGACAUUUGCUUCUACGGUGCCUUCAGUACUAUGUUUGAUUCUCAACUAUGUCCUCGUGAACAGGCUGUCUUCAAAUGUGCGAAUCCUGUCGUCUCUCAUCGUUAUCCUUCUGGUGUUUGUGGGGACCACUGUGCUGGUCAAGGUGGAUUUGUCUGACUACAGGGUGGAAUUCUUCACGGGCACACUGGUUAGCGUGGCUAUUGUCAGUGGGGCUUCUAACAUCUUCUGUGGCAGUGUAUUUGGUAUCAGUGGACACUUCCCCAUGAGGAUCUCGCAGGCCCUCAUAUCAGGUCAGGCUAUGGGAGGCACAUUAAGUGCUAUCGCGUCAAUAGCAGACAUCGCUCUGGCAGAGGACGUGACAGACAGCGCCCUGGCCUAUUUCCUGACUGCCGACAUCUUCAUUCUGCUCUGCAUCGUUGCAUACCUGUUGCUCCCCAAACUGGCCUUUUCAAGAUACCACAUGAUGGCUGCCACAUUCACCAUUACAGCAGAGAGGAGUGCAGAAGAAUUAGCAGCACCUCCCAAAACGCCUCCAUUGAGGCCCAUUCUCAAGAAGAUCUGGGUUCUUGGCCUGAGUGUCUUCUGCGUAUUUUGCGUGACCAUCAUGGUGUUCCCCGCGGUGGUGUCCGGCAUCCAGUCCGUCAACAGGAACAGUGGGAGCCCAUGGACCAACACCUAUUUUGUGCCCCUCGUCGGCUUCCUCCUUUUUAACGUUGCAGAUUUCUGUGGCAGGCAGUCCACCGCCUGGCUGCGGGUGCCGGGCCCCACCAGCCGACUUCUUCCCAUGCUGGUUGUGUGUCGGUCCUCCUUGGUGCCGCUCAUCAUCUUCUGUAACUAUCAGCCUAGGGAUCACCUCCACACCGUGCUUUUCACCCACGACGUGUAUCCCGUCGUCUUCAACUGCCUGUUAGGCUUCUCCAACGGCUACUUGGGAACUCUUCCCAUGAUCUACGGGCCCAAAGUUGUGCCACGGGAGCUGGCGGAGGCCACCGGAGUGGUUAUGUCUUUCUUCCUUACUCUGGGGCUUGCCGCCGGAUCCACAUUAUCCCUCGCUAUUGUACACUCUAUCUGAUUAGGGGCAGGCUUACGGCUCUGAAGGAACGUUGCAAUAUAAGGUGAGUUGAACUUUCUGUGAGGACGAGGCCAUGUCACAUAUUGCAAAUCUGAGAGUCGCUGACACCGAACCUAAAAAUGUUUACAGUGGUAAUUCUCUUUGUGCCAUAGAUAAUGACAAAACACAGCUUUUGUUCAAGUGACCGAACCUAAAAAUGUUUACAGUGGUAAUUCUCCUUGUGCCAUAGAUAAUGGCAAAACACAGCUUUUGUUCAAGUGAGUCUCCUCAACACACUUUAAAAUAGUUUCUUGGUGCCAAUCUGCCACAAGAUGGCGGUAAAACAACUUUUAUUGCUAUGAUGAAUCAUAAAAACUACAGCUCUUAUUAUUUUUUUCGUCCUGUAACAGUAUUUGAAGAAACAAAUCACUCAGUGUACAGCUUAUGUAGAAGUGUACUGGAAUUGUAUUGAUUUACUUAUAACAAUGACUCAAAACAGCCAUUUAUCUCAAAACCACUAGCAGCAAAAUAACGCUCAGAUUCCUAUGAAAGGCCAGAAAAACAGUUUAACAGGGCUGGUUCUACUCAUAUUUGCUUGCUCUCAAUGGCACUGAAACAGUGAUUAUUCAAUGCCAGCCAUCCCAACUGCAUUUGACAUCUGUCCAUAUCAAAGGCCGUGAAUGUAGUGUACACGAGUGAUUUACACUGUCAUGCAAACUGUACACUGAAUGUUUACUUCAUCAGUACUGUUACAUGAAAAGAUGUGUUGAAAAUAAAAAUGUGAAGUGUUUACUCCCAACUUUAAAAACAUCUAUUUUGUAUGAGCACAAUUUUAAACAACAGACUGGGAUCAUUUUACUCAUGGACUUCAUAACCUAUUGACAUGACGCAGGAAACGGGGCCGAUUUGUAGGGGGCCUAUUUUCAAAAACUUCAAAUAUUUACAAAAACAAAGCUGCUACCCACCUAAAACCAAAACAGGCACCUACCUUAGCCAUAUAUGAGUCUCCAUGAGCAGCGGCAUCAAACAAUUCAAAGUCGUUCCCUUAUAAAAUGCCGAUUAAUUAUUUUUUAUAUAACACUACUUAAAAUGGCUAUAAAAGUCUCAGAUUUUACACUAGAUGCACAAAGAUCACCAAAUGCAGGGAUAAGCACCUAUAUUUUCAGUAUCAAUAGCAAUAUUUUUGACCAAAAUAGCAACUUAUUUUUUUUUUAUUUACGAUGUGUUUUCAACAGCUAAUAAAUCACUCAAUUUAACAUCAGAAACUUAAUACUUCAGGAAAACAUGCAGAAUCAAUUUUUAUCUGUAAAUAGAUAAUUACCGUAUUGGCCCAAAUAUAAGACGGCCCUGAUUAUAAGACGACCCCCUCUUUUUCAAGACUCAAGUUUGAAAAAAGACAUUUUGAACACCAAAUUAAUUUUUAUACAGAAAAUAAUUACAGUACAUCUGAAACAAAUGAUUAUAGCAAUAUAUGAGAGAAAAAGCAUAUUGUUUUGCCUCAUUCAAAUCUUAAUAUCUGAACAUUUAAAUAUGUAAAAAGUGCAAUCACAUUCGUAAAUGAAUGGCUUCUGGUUUUUGAAAUGUAAAUAAACCAAUCUAUUGUGAUAAAACAACAAAAUUGCAAUAACUGCAUUAACCAUCAAAGUGAAGUCUAACUAACUGUAGUCUUGAAACAAAUCUGAAUAAGGAAAAACAUUGCAAUAAAAUAAUGCAAACUGGUUAAACCAAAAAGAGUAGCGUUGUGAAUGGGGAGAGUAGCUGAGAUCUGUCAUGACAGAACAUCGCUUCAAUGAUAUCUGGCGCCAUCUAGCGUCGUGAAUGGGUAUAACGUCUAGACCGCGAAAAUAAGACGACCACCACUUUUUCAGUCAUAUUUCAAUGCAAAAAACAGUCUUGUAUUUGGGCCGAUACGGUAAUAAAUUUUAUAUACAAUCACAACUUAUUAUAGAAUAGCCCUUUAUUAUCAUUAAACACUAUACACUGUUAGCGAAUGAGGCUAGCGGUGGCCUGGUGUAAACGGAGCUUUUCUGGCGAAAAUUCUUGUGAAUAAAUGCUUAAAUCCCCGAAUUAUUCAUAGAUAUGGACGUAAAACAGUCUCUAAUUGUGGUUAAAAGCAAAGAAACCAUGCAGUUAGCGUUUGUUUUACAUAUAUUGUCGAAGUACAAUGCUAUUAUGUUAGCGAAUGAGGCUAGCAGCCGCCUGGCGUGCAAGUUUUUCUGGCAAAAAUUCUUGUGAAUAAAUGCUUAAUCCUCGAAUUCUUCAUAGACGUAAAACAGUCUCGAUUCUUGGUUAAAAGCAAACAAAACCGUGCAGAUAGUGUUUUUUUACAUAUAUUGAUGAAGUACAAUGCUAUUAUGUUAGCGAAUGAGGCUGGCGGCGGCGUGGCGUAAAAGGAGCUUUUCUGGCGAAAAUUCUUGUGCUUAAAUCCCCAAAUUCUUUAUAGAUAUGGACGUAAAAUAGUCUCGAUUCUUGGUUAAAAGUAAACUAUGUGGCUGUCAGUUUCGAAAAUUAGCCGCCUCCAUGUGUAAACUUUCAAAGAAGAAAAUUCCUGCGAAUAAAUGCUUCAAUCACAUGCAUGGUACGAAAAUUUUGCCUGGUAUACCAGACUUACCUCUGUUCCAGCGAUUGAGUCUGGCGACCGUCCGGCGGAUCAAAUUCCGAGGGCGGAACAAGUCACAGCAAACAGACAGCGGAGUGGACCAAUCAGCGACGGGCAGACGUGACGUUGUUAAAGCGACAAGUAAUUAGCGUGAGCGGAGAAUGGAGAAGUUUAUUCAACAUGGCUAGCGCGAGCCAUGUUGACUGUUGUCAAUGACUUGUUUCGAUGUGUUUUGGUAAUUUAAAACUGGCUUUACCGCUGAUUGGAACAUAUUCUCCGCUCUGCCGUUCGCCAUCUGUGUUGUUGUAGGCAAGACUUUCGGCGCGCAAGAGUGACGUUACUCGUUAAGAACUCAUCACGCCAAUGAACGAAUCUGAUUGGACGAUUGAUUUUGUACCUUGCUCGAGAGGCCGUUAAUGGGCUGGUUCCCAGACUAUUUCUCACAUUGUUCGAAAAAUACAGGGAGAAUAGUCUGGCUGUGCCAGGCAAACGAAAAAUAUAGUAUUUACCUUGAAUCCUCGAACAAAUCACUCCUGAGACAAUCCUUCCUGUUUGUACGCGGUACAGCUUUCAUAGUUAAAUCCAAUCGUAAGUAAAUCUGGACGUGAGCGUGUGCCGUCUCUGGCAAUUGCUAAAUGAAGCUCGGUCCCUCCUGAUAAUGCGUUACGCAAAGAAUGACGAAGUGACACGUCAAUAGUAAUGAAGUCUAUAAUUUACUAUUUGUGUUUUUUAAUUUUUUUUUUAUGUCAAUUAACCAGUGAUAACAUUACAAGAACUUGCACAAUACCUAUUUGUCAGUUUACUGUGUAUUUUCAUUAUUGUGGCUGUAUUUUCUUUAAGUGUGUACAAUUGUACUGCUUCGUACCGAGGCCAGGUAACCAAACUGUUAGACGGCAUUAAAAUGCAGUAAGGUUUUACAACACCUCAAGCAACAGCCACAAUAAAAUCAAAACAGAACAGUAUCCUUGUAAAUGCACAAUAUAUGAUGCAACUCUAAUAUUGGAUAGUAAACCAUAUUGUGGUUUUAUUUUAAGUGCUGGAAAAGAGUACAGCAUUGGGACAGACACUCGAGCUAUCUGACCUCAUAUAAACAUGUUAUUAAAGAUGUCUUUAAUCUACUUUAAAGGAGGAAUAUUUCUCUGUAACAGAUGAACAUUUCCAAAGGACUCGUUUGAGUUCUUGUCAUCUCAAUACUAUAACUUUACAAUAAAUAUGUGAAAGUGGGGAACAUGACGUUUUAGGUUUUAAGUACAGGGUGCAGCUAAAGAAAUCAGACUAUAGCAGAAAACCUUACUUUUUGUUUUUUUGUUUUUUACUUUUGCAGAUUUUGCUAAUUUUUGGAAUCAUUAGUUGUAAAAUAUUUCAUGCUUUUAUUUUUUGUUUUGAUGAGUGUAUACAUAAUACACACAAUAUACAUAACACAUAAGUUGGAAUUGGUGUUCCUCAAAUAUGCAUUAUGGUUUAAUAUAAUUUUCAUUAUUUAAA